CCCAACUCCGACAGCCGCGUCGCCUCAUCGCCUUCCCUAAACGAGCACCGCCCGCUCAUUCAAUUCGCUUCCCGCCUCGCUAGGGUUCCGCCGCAGCUCCGUGUAUAAAACUGCAGCCCUUCAUGAAUCGGCCCGGCCCGCUCGGCAUCCCGAAUCGCCGUCGGCAGAGAGCGGGGAGCAACCGAGUGAGCAGCAGCACCGGGGAGCGCCCCCUCGGGGACUCGCGUGGCGUGGAGAAGACAUGAAGAAGGGCGGCGGCGGCGGCGGCGGCGGGAGGACCAGGAAGUCGAAGCGCGUGUCGUGGGCUUCCGAUGAUAAGCUCUGUCAGUCGCUGCAGGUAUCGGAUUUGAAUGGUGCGAAAUUUGACGCUGUGCCACCGGGACAUGGAGGCAGCUCUUCGGCAAAACAAUCAAGAGAGCGUAUUCAUAUCCCUUGCAUUCGUUGGACCUGCCCUCCCAGAUUUGCUGUGAGUAGCAACUGGCUUGUUGCCGCUGGUGAAGAAAGCAAAGAUGCGGGAGCUGAAGUGAGUAGAGAAUUGAGAGUGCUCGAGGCGUUUUACCCGCGCUCAAUGUAUAUACCGUCUAGCCCAUUUGUAUCCCCUGCUGUAGCGCGCGAAAACUAUGAUGAUACCCUCACACCAAUAAUUCCCAUCAUCGGCAUUGAAGAGAUGGACACCAGUCAAGGGGAAAAUACAACUUCCAUCGAAGGAAAGCAGACGAAAAGUUCAGGAGUUGAGACUAUAACUGUUGGAGAUGUACAGAUAUCUGUUGGAGAUGCAGAGUUAGCUGCUGCUGCAGCAGUGAUGUUUUUCACUGUCCUUGUGAAGAAUUGUGAGCAGGGAAAUAUGGUUGACACCGAUGUGCUCGUCAAAUUCCUCCACGAUCCCCAGAUGAUUGGAAAGUUUUUGAAGAAUAAAACUCCAUCGCCCGAGUCAAAGCAAGCUAGUCCCCAAAUUUCUCAGUCAAGCCCUCCACUUUCUCUACCAGAGUCAAAGCAGACAACUCUUUCACUUCCCAUGUCAAGCACGGAACUUCCCCCGACCGAGUCAAAGCUAAUUGGUCAGCCAACCCUGUUAAGGCCCGAAGUUUUGCCGUCCGAGUCGAAACAAAUGCGUCCACCAAAUCUCCUGUCAAGCUCAGGACCUUCGGUAACUAAGUCAAAGCUGUUUCACCCACCAAUUCCCCUGUCAAGCCCAAAACGUUUUGUACCUGUAUCAGAGGAAAAAAGUCCAUCAGCUCCUCCAUCAAGCCCCAAUUUGUUGCGCGCUGAUUCGAAGAAAAUUCAACCGCUGACUCCUCCAGCAAGCCCCAAAAUUGUGCUACCCGAGUCACAACAUAUUCGUCCACCAAUUCCUCUGUCAAGCCCUGAAGCUUCCCAAUCUGUUACCAAACAAAUACGUCCAUCGAUUCCCGUUUCAAUCCCCAAACACUUGCUAACCGAAUCACAGCAAGAAACUCCAAUUCCUCUAUCAAGUCCCGAGCUUUCGCUACCUCAACCCAAGCAAACAAGUCUACCAAUUCCUGUGUCAAGCCAUGAGCUGUUGUCGUCUGAACCAAAGCGGAUAAAUCCCCCAAUUCGUCCUUCUCUGAAACUUCUGCCACCGACCCCUGCUAAUGCAAUCUUUUCUGCACAAAACCAGACGCAACUACCAUUCAGGGCACCGCAAGCUCGGCCAGUUGUUCCAUUUCCCGGGUUAGAUGGAGUGAAGGCUCAGAGUUCUACUCUCCCCAUUCGAUUUGCAGGUCCUCCGAUUGCAACUUCAUGCACUGUGCCAGAUCGACCAACUUUCACCUAUAAAGCGAGUGCUGUACCCAGUCCUAUUCCAGUCCCGAUUAUGGCGGGAGAAAGAGCACGUCCUCUGAGUGUUCUACCGAAUGCGCUGAUUCCAACUUCCUGCACCAUGCCAGAUCGGCCGACUUUCACUCCUAAGGUGAGUAUUCUACCGGGUCCUACUCUCGUCCCGACUAUGUGGGCAACAGCACAUCCUGGGCAUGCUUUACUGCCUCUGCCAAUACCACCUUCCAGCACUACGCCAGCUUGUCCACCUUUCAAUUAUAAGGUGAGUGCUCUACCGAGUCCUACUCUUGUCCCAACUAUGGAGGCUGUGAGACCACACCCUGUGAAAGAUGCUGACUACUAUAAGAACUUGGUAAGAAAACAUGGAGGAGAACAGCCAGAAAACUCGGUGCACAUUACACCAAUCGGGGUGAAUCAGAAUCAACUGCAGAAUCUGAAAAUGGACCAAAAUCUAGGACCUAAAGAAGUGGCGACACUCAAGAAUGAGAAGAAGGUCUGCAUGUUCUUUAAUACUGUGAAGGGUUGCCGAAACGGGUCCAAUUGCUCUUAUCUGCAUGAAAUGCCUUCUCAGCAGGGGAGUAAUGAUCCAGCUGGGGAACAGAGUGCAAAGAGGGCGAAAUUUGGUGGUUAAAUUCUUGGAAGGUGAUGGCUGUCAUGAAUAAAUUGGAAUGGAUAGCGCCGACAUCCGAAUAAGUAUUUUCUUUAUUGCAUCAUAGAAGCAUUAAUCAAUAGGAACCGGAGGGAGGACACAUUUUAUUACCUAGUUAAAUUACUUGAUGAGCAGAUUUGACUCUGAUUCGUUGGUGUUAAACUGGAAUUCCAGCUUUGCCUGUGCAAUUCAUUUGAAGGAAACUAUUUUUUUUU